CUCUGGAUCCUUAUACAUUCUGAUUUGGAAGGACUCGGAAGAUAAGAAAGCCCCCACCUUUGCCCUUCCCCACCUUCCGCACAAGUCCAACCUUGCACCCACUACUAGCGUGUUCCAACUCCACCAUUUGGUCUUCUCCUCCGAGCACCCUUUUCCACUAUAUUCCUGCUCGUGAUAGCACUUUGUGGACCAUUUCCAACCUCGCCGUAUCCUCUCUGCCUCGCCAGCUCACACCUCCUCCUCUCUUUACCGCUCGCUUUUUUGUGCUUUGGCCUUCUCACACUUGCUCCCCCAACCAGGCAAUUCUGACACCUUCACCUGGAGCAUCUCCUCUGCUCGACACUUCAUUCAUCCUCUUCCAUUCCAGGUCUGCGGUUUCCAGCAUCGUCAUCCGGGAGGUCUGCGACUUCGUGCCUGAAUCCUUUAAGCAAAGUCCCCGUUGACUUUGUUUCAUCCAUGUCCCCCAGGCCUUUUAGACUUUGGAGUUUCUCGUCUCCACUCAGUGAUUGAGUCGUUCUCGUAACUUGUAUUUAGCUCGCUCUGGUCUUCCUCCUCUCUCGGGUUGUCUCAGAUUAGUGUCACCUUGCCAUCUUCCAUGGAUCACCGUGGCUUUCCACCCCCACUCGGUCACCAACCCCCUCCUCCGUCUCCUCCCUCCUCGGACGCCAGCUUCCCCAUCCUAGCUAUAUCCAUCCUUGGCAUCCUCACCACGUCCAUCCUCCUCCUCAGCUACUACGUCUUUGCGGUCAGAUGUUGCCUCAACUGGCGCCGGUCCGAUGUCGUGGGCCGCCUCUCGCGUUCACGGCGCCGUCUCGACGACCGACUGAUGGCCUACUCGACCGUCACCGAGAGCCACGGCCUCGGUGAGUCGGAAAUCCGGGCAAUCCCCACGCUUCGAUACCGCAGAGGGGGCGACGGCGCGGGGAAGACGUCCUUCCACGAGUGCGCUGUGUGCCUGAACGAGUUCCAAGAAGAGGAGAGGAUUAGGCUGCUGCCGAACUGCUUCCAUGUCUUCCAUAUAGACUGCAUAGAUACCUGGCUCCAAACCAACGCCAAUUGCCCGCUCUGCAGGUCGAGCAUCACCACAGCCGCGGCACCUGUUCCGCUCGACCAAUUCACGGCCUCGGCUCCACAUCAGGACCCUCGUCGGAGUGGUGAUAUAGUGAUCGAUAUCAGAGACGACGAUAGCGACCCGCAGGCCCAAGCGGUCACUGCCACCGACGCCAAUACCAAUCCUUCGCGGUGGAAGUCGGAGCAGAGGGUCGGGCACAAGAGGGGGAGGAAGGUCCAUCGUCACGGAAGCAUGGGGGACGAGUGCAUCGACACGAGGGCCAAAGACGGGCAACUCCAGGUUCAACCCAUGAGAAGGUCUUUCUCCAUGGACUCUUCGAGCGACAGGCAGCUCUACAUGGCAGUCCAAAAGAUCAUGCGCCAGAAUCCACACUUCCUAGAAGCCACCGGCGGAGAAAGCAGCAGCACUUCCGGCAGAAUCCGGCGGUCGCUGUUCUCAUUCCACCGGCACUCGCGCAGUGCUGUCCUUCCGGUCCAAAUCGAGCAGUAAUCAUCCCAAAUCAGCGGCAACUUCGAUCCCAUCCUACUCCCUCCGAAGGUGAUGAUGUCCAUGGACACGUAAAACUUGGAGUUUUCGAGUACAACAUGAUUGAUGAUGAUGUUCUAUGCCAUCACGGCUAGCAUCAUAGCUAGAUUUGGAUGUAAAAUUUCACCCUUCUGUUCUAGAAAUAAAUUAUUAUUAUUAUUA